CAGACUUCCUGUAAGUUUAACCGAAUAGUCAUAAAAGCCUGAGUCAUUAAAGAAUCAUAAACUUUCACAAUAAAUUUAAUCAGGUUUUAAAGGACCAAGCAUUAGGCCAUGCACUAUUGAUGAAAUUGUGUACAAGCUAUGAAUAGGAGACAAAGCCUCGGGUAUUUGAAUGUUUGGAGAUGGAUUUUGCAUGUCUGGAUUGUUCUGGCUGCACACUGCAUCCCCAAGAAACUGUGCAGUUGAAGGACAAUCUUUUGUUACAUCGACUUCAACACCUGUGCGGGGAGGAGCAUGAUGACAGGUGAUGUGGUCGGCUUUGAACAUCACCACAGAGAGUUCCAGGAGAACAUUUCAGUCGGUCCCGAGCUACUGUGUCGAAGUAAAACUGCAGUUUAUCUACCAUGGACUAUUUCAGUGUAUGAUUUAUUUUAUCGACUCUAAAUAAAAAGGAUUCAGUUCCAUCUGAACUAAAGAUCAACCACAUCUCCGAAAAUGGAUAAGUUUCGUAUGAUGUUCCAGUUCCUCCAAUCCAACCAGGAAUCUUUUAUGAAUGGGAUCUGCGGUAUCAUGGCACUUGCCAGUGCCCAGAUGUACUCGGCCUUCGAGUUCAGCUGCCCCUGUAUGCCAGAAUACAACUACAACUAUGGGAUCGGACUGCUCAUUAUCCCAUCCAUAUGGUUCUUUCUGUUAGGCUUUGUGUUGAACAAUAACGUGUCAGUGCUUGCGGAGGAAUGGAAAAGACCGACUGGGAAACGGCACAAGGAUCCAACGAUCCUUCGCUACAUGUUUUGCUCCAUCACACAGAGGUCCUUGAUAGCACCUGCAGUGUGGGUCUCCGUCACCCUCAUGGAUGGGAAAAGCUUCCUCUGUGCUUUCAGCAUCAACUUGGACAUUGAAAAGUUUGGGAAUUACAGCAUCAUGAGGGGGUUAACAGAAACAGAGAAGCUCAAACUCCUGGCCAGGAUUCCGUGUAAAGACCUAUUUGAGCACCAGGAAAUACGGGUGGCGGCCUCGCGAUACAUCAAGUGUAUAUCACAGGCAUGUGGAUGGAUGUUUCUGCUUAUGAUGACCUUAUCGGCCUUCCUGAUCCGAGCUAUUCGUCCAUGCUUUACUCAAGCCGCCUUCCUCAAGACCAAGUACUGGUCCCAUUACAUUGACAUUGAGCGCAAGAUGUUCGAUGACACCUGCAAGGAGCACGCAAAGAGUUUCGCCAAGGUUUGCAUUCACCAGUACUUUGAGAACAUCAGCGGGGAGAUGCAAAGCCUCCACCACCAUCGCUCCGGCAAGGAUGACAGUGACAACGAAGAGGAGGAUAAGAGGAGUGACGAAGAUAAGCUUCUGGGUAUCAGGGCGCAGGAUGACAUGAAUAAGGUUUUAUGGAACUGGCACACCUGUAAGCCACCUCUGGCUCUGAGAAAGGAGCAAAUGGGGGGUGAAAGCAAUGGCAAUCAGAAUGGGAACGCCAAGGGAGCUGCCAAUGGACUUGUAAAUGGACACACCCAUGAAGUGGAAAAAAAGGAAUGGGCAGUGUACUACAGUAAGGUCUGAAACACAAGCUUGCAUUGGCUCCUAUAUGACUUUCAAAGCUGUCAGACUUUCAGAAUUAUUUUUGUUUCUAUUAGCUAGUUUUAGUAAUUUGUCAAAGUGCUUUAGAAUGUACAAAUGCAUUGCAAGAUAUAUUGUGACUGAUGGCACUCAUUUAAUGCAAAUGUCAACAUAUUUCUUGUUCACAUACAUUUCAUUUAACUUAAAAUAUGUCUAGUUCUUGGUGUAAAACCGCCCACCUGUUUUUUGAGUUUUUUCCCCUUUUAUCAAAUAUCUUUUAGCUACAAGUGAUGAAUUACUGUAAAACAAUGUGGUCUUGCUCUCUGUGGGACAGGGCUUGGCAAAAAGCUGAAUUCUGUCAAGUGUAAGCUGCAGAACUGCUGUGUCAGGCUGGUAGCAAAACAUUAUAACAGCACCCUGGAGAGUUUUGUUGAUUGACAACACUGGUUAAUGUUUGUGUUGCUCUCAAGUGCAAGCCACCAUAAAUAUCUCCAGGGAAAAGAAAAAUGUUGUGUGGACGUCAAGUCCCUGCUGCUCCUUGUGAAGGAGUAAUAACACAAUUUGUCUCCUAUAAAUAAAAAGUUGAAUUCAUUACCAAUAAAA